AUGCCAUGUGUCUCCCGGACCCCGCACAUUCGCCUAGUUGUCUCCACCCUCAUCGGCCUCAUUCAAGACUACCUGAACAUGCUCUACUCUGACACGGGACCCCUCAAGUGGGGCAGCAUCUUUGCGCUGCAAGGUGCCGGUUUUGGUCUUGCUGCCCAUUUCCUCAUGGCCUCCACGUUCAAGCGCCACGCCCGGCUCCGCAUCCUUGCAACCACCCUCCCGCGGUCCACGUGGCCGCCCUCCGAGUCCUUGCUCGACGCCUCGUUCGUCGUCUACAUUAUGUGGAGCCCGUGGCGCCCGUACUUCUACGUCGGCAAGACGGUCAACUUCCGCGAACGCCUCCGCAAGCACAUCUACGCUUUCCUCAACACCUCCUGCGACUCCCAAAAGCCAUACAUGGAGGUGCUUCGCCGGCAAGCCAUGGGAGAUGCCGCCCGUGCUGCCUCGGCAUGGUUCUACCUCCCCAUCGCCUGCUUGUCCAGCGACGCGGAAGCCUUCACCCUCGAGCAGCACGUCAUCGCCUCCGAGCACCCGCGGCUCAACGUGCCCUACGCCAUGACCUCGCGAGAACCAUCCGCGUCGGCAUGCCUCCUCGCCUUGUCCGGCCCACCAUCCACGCCAAUCACUCGCUGGGCCCACAUCGCAUGCAACACCUUGGCGGAUGACGACGUCCGCCCUGGCCACGCUGAUUUGCACCGGCUUACGGCAAAGGAGUGGCACGCAGUCUGGCACCGCGUCCACAAGCGGCAUGAGGGCACCACCCGCGCCAUCGGGCUCAAGGCCCUCGAGUCCGUUCGCCGCUUCCGUCGCUGGCCCCGGCCGCGCCUCCACGCGCAGGGCGCUCUCCCAUGGCUGCCGCACUCUGGCACCAAACGCGCGUUCCAGGGCAUCAUCCACCGCCUCAUCCAACAUGCCCGGGAACGUGGCCAGACCUUGCUGCUGCCGGCCAUUCGCGACCUCAAGGUCAUGCUUUCGCCAGUGGCCGUCAUUACGCUCCGGGCCGGCUUGCGUAAUGCCCCCAGCUUCUACCGCCGUCUUGCGGAUAGUAGGCCAUGGCCGUGUGCAUGCCACAUGCAUCCGGACCUCCCCCGCUACCCGUCCCCCGACGGCGAGUGCCACAUAUUCGCCCCACAGGACACAUGGCACUGGCCCGCUCACCUCUCGCACCUGCGCACCCUGCCAGCGCACACAGCACUCGUGCCAUCCCAGGCGCGGUACACUGCCGCAUGCCGCCGCCUGCUCCGGCGCCGCGUGGCUGCGCUACGGCUCGACUGUUCGGCGGCCUUCAUCGACUGCUGCGUCCACGACGUGGUAUCCAGCAUUGCCUUCGACUUCGACGCGCCGCACCUCCCGUUGGACUUCGACCCCGUACCGGAGUCGGUCAUUCGCGCUGGCCGGUCACUCACACGCGGCCUCGUCGUCGAAGAAUUUCACAAGACCAAGCACGUGCUCGUAGCUGAGUGUCCCCGCCGAGUGCAGUUGCUCUGCACGGCCCUGUUCGGCAUCACGGGGCAGAACCCGCACUUCGUGCACCACCCGGGCUUGACAGCCGAAGCCGUACUCCAGCAGGUGGCCUCCGUCCCUGGCCUCGGGGCCGAUCUCCAACCCGCUCGCCUGUCUAACCCUCGCCAUUGGCGCAUGGCGUCGGCGUCGGCCCCAAACAAGAAACGAGAAAAACCAGACAGCCGACGACCGCUCGUGGACCGUUCGCACUGGCCGACACAGGGCCUCGAGUCGCCAGCAGCACGAGCAAUCGAUUGGAUCACCGGCACAGGCAUCCCUGAGCACCUCCACAUCGACGCGCAGCGCACCGACUCGCUGCUGCCGUUGCUCGAGCGCUUCAGCGAACUGGCCCCCCACGGGCCCGUGCAGAAGUACGGGAGCGACCUCACCGACUGCUUCACGAACAUCCCACACUGCCUUGUACGCCGGGCUUGGGCCUUCUACCAGGAGGUCCUGGCUGCACGGGACAUCUCGGCCAUCGCCGCCCCGUGCCGGCGCGGAUUCGCACGAACCCUGCCGUUCGAGCCGCCCAGGGCCUCGCCCCUCCACGUGGUCUUCCGGCCAGCGGACCUCUCCGCUGCCAUCGAGCACAGCCUCGCGAACCUCUGGCUCGCGGUGGGCACGCUCGUCGGUCGUGCCACCGACGGACUCGCAAUGGGCAGCUCUUUGGCCGGAGCCCUCACCCGUAUGGUGCUUAUCUACUGCGACGUCGUGUUCCACGCCUCCCUCUACAGUGGGCGCGGCCUCCCGCCGCCUGCUCGCUCCAGAGUCCGGUAUUACGUCGUCGAGGGUGUCCGCAUCCUCAUCCUCGAGUCCUGGUACAUGGACGACUACAUAUGCCUAUGGAAGGCCUCGGUAAACACGCCACCUGCGUCUCUCCGUCGCGUAGCGGAUCACAUUGCUUCCUGGCCGUCUUUACGCUACCCGCUCCCGAGUGAGACAGACGGCGGCGAUGUCAUCACGGGCAUGCGGCUUUCCCUCGAUUCAUGUGGGAGAGUCUCGGUACGGCCGGCGUCCCUCGAUCAUGGGUCCUACUCGGACGACCUCCAAUACCCACCGUACAUGCACUUCCGCAGUUUCGCUCCGAACGCCACCAAGAGAGCCAUCGUCCUCGGCCUCAUCGCGCGGACCGACGCCUUCACGUACCCCCCGAACGCGAAGGCGGCCGCGCUCGCCGAGCUACUCACGCUCCUCAUCAUGGCGGCGGAGUUCCCAGCGGCUGUCGUAAAGCGGUGGGCCACGCAGAGCCAGGGUGGGCUGGUGGUGCUCGUGGUGAUGAGACUGCGCCCCGAGAAGAAGAACGACACGAGGUGGAUCUACAUGAAAGCUGAUGGGUCGAUCGGGGUUGGCGACGUCAAGGACGAGUCGAAGCUGUCCACUCGCCUCUGGCCGGGCUGGGACUACGAG